AUGUCCUCAGCCAAUAGUUCAUGGAUUCACCCCUCAUCCUUUCUGCUGUUGGGAAUCCCAGGACUGGAAAAUGUGCAACUCUGGCUUGGUUUCCCAUUUGGCACAGUGUAUCUGAUUGCCCUUCUGGGGAAUGUCAUCAUCCUCUUUGUGAUCCAGGUUGAGCGCAGCCUUCACCAGCCCAUGUUCUACCUGUUGGCAAUUUUGGCUCUGACAGACUUGGGCCUGUCCACUGCAACCAUUCCCAAAAUGCUGGGCAUAUUCUGGUUUGGCUUGAGAGAGAUUGCCUUUGUAGGAUGCUUAGCCCAAAUGUUCUUCAUACAUCUAUUUACAGGCAUUGAAACGUUUAUGCUUGUAGCCAUGGCUUUUGAUCGCUAUGUUGCCAUUUGCCACCCUCUUCGAUAUAACACGAUCCUCACCAGCCGCACAAUUUGCAUUAUUGUUGGAGUAGGAAUGCUGAAAAACUUUGUAUUGGUUUUUCCACUUAUAUUUCUUCUUCUAAGGCUUUCCUUUUGUGGGCAUAAUAUUAUACCUCAUACAUAUUGUGAACACAUGGGCAUUGCCCGACUAGCUUGUGUUAGCAUAAAGGUCAAUGUAUUGUUUGGAUUAACCCUUAUCUCUAUGAUACUUUUGGAUGUUGUUUUGAUUGCUAUCUCUUAUGUAAAGAUUCUUCAUGCUGUCUUCAAACUUCCAUCCUGGGAUGCCAGGCUCAAAGCUCUCAAUACCUGUGGUUCCCAUGUGUGUGUGAUCUUAGCUUUCUUCACCCCAGCAUUUUUCUCAUUUAUGACUCAUCGAUUUGGCCACAAUAUUCCACGUUACAUCCACAUCCUCCUGGCUAACUUAUAUGUGAUCAUCCCCCCAGCUCUUAACCCCCUUAUUUAUGGGGUAAGAACUAAGCAGAUACGAGAUCGAGUGGUGAUGAUCUUUCUUUUUAAGGAAGUUUGA